UAUUCAUGACGGACAGUUAUUGUGAUCGUAAAAGCAUCUACAUUUGUAUCUACAUUAUUUCCUCGAUGAAAGACUAAGUGGUUGAAAGCAAGCACAAGUCACCAAAAUACAACACAACCUUGCAGUCGUUACGAAAUUUUUCAAAAUUAAUAAUUUAUGUUUCAUUUAAGAAACAUAAAUUUUUAUAUUGCUCAAUGAAAGCUUUUAGCCAGUAAAAAAAGAUGACUUCUACGUAUGGCCAGGCAAAAGACAAAAGCCGAUUCGAUACAGAUGAAAAACAGAAUAAUGGAAAAUUAUCAAUGAUAUAACUUUAGCUCUUUUUGGAACAUAGGUGAUGGAAACGUCUAAGAAGACAAAUGAAGAUCAUGUUGUUGAUGAAUUAUCUUUUGAAGCACUUGAAGUCCAAACAACAACUCUUACAAAUGUUCAAAUUCCUCAGUAUGUGGGCAACAAAUGUUUCACAUGUGAUAUCUGCGGCAAAGGUUUUUCUGGCAAAAGUCACUUAGAUAGACAUUAUCUUACUCAUACAAAUGAAAAACCUCAUACUUGUGAAGUAUGCAAUAAAAAGUUUUCUCAGAAGAGUAAUUUAAAUCAGCAUUAUCGAACUCAUACGAAUGAAAAACCUUAUUCUUGUGAUGUGUGCAAUAAAGAAUUCUCUCAAACAUUUGCUCUAAAGAGACAUUUUCGUACACAUACAAAUGAAAAACCCUAUUUUUGUGAGGUAUGCAACAAAGUGUUUUCUCAAAAAUGCAAUUUAGAAGAUCAUUUUCGCACUCAUACAUAUGAAAAACCUUUCUCCUGUAAUGUAUGCAAAAGAAAAUUUUCUCAAAAAUCUAAUUUAAAUAGGCACUAUGGAACACAUAAAAAGGAAGAGACUCGUUCUAAGACAAAGAAAAAACGAACGGUUGAUAAAUUGUCUCUUAUAGCAUUUGGUGUUAAUACAGAUGCCCAAAUUCUACAGUUUAUGGACAACAAAUGUUUCACAUGCAACGUCUGUGGUAAGGUAUUUGCUACCAAAAGCCAUUUAGAUAGACAUUAUUUAAUACAUACUAAUGAAAGACAUUAUUCUUGUGAAAUAUGCAAUAAAGCGUUUACUUAUAAAUGUAAUUUAAAUCAGCAUUAUCAAACACAUACAAAUGAAAAAUUAUAUUCUUGUCCUAUAUGCGGGAAAAAAUUUUCCCUGAAAAGUCCUUUAAAAAGGCAUUAUCUUACUCAUACAAAUAUAAAGUCAUAUUCCUGUGAUUUAUGCAAUAAAGAGUUUUCUCGGAAAGAUAAUUUAAAAGAGCAUAAACGAUCUCAUACAUGUGAAACACCUUUUUCUUGUGAUAUUUGCAAAAAAACAUUUUCUCGUAAAGAUCAUUUAAAUGAGCAUUAUCAAAUUCAUACAAAUGAUAAAACAUGAAUGUAAAAUUUCAACCUGUAUAUAAAAAAAAUAAUUUUCUGAAAAAAGUUACUUAAAAAAAGGUAGAACUAAAAAUAAUCAUUAAUUUGAUAAUAGCCUUGAUAAAAGUAUAUAUUUUUUUUUUACAUAGAAAUGAUUAUAAACAUUCCAAUGAGACAAGAAUAUUCCUACUGUGUUAAUUUUUUUUUUUUUGAAGAUCAUUUAAUUUUGCAUUAACCUUCUCGUGCAUACGAUAUAUCUUAUUUCUGAACAAAAUUCUUAAAGGCUUUCAAUAAUUUUAUAUCAUUGUUGAAAAUUCAACACAGUUCUUUUUCACUCAUUAGGAUGGGAAAAAAAUAUUAUUUUAAUUCACUUCAUGCCUUCCAACUUCAUAUGAUUUGGAUUUAAAAGAGAAUUUUAUCUUAUUUUGAUUGAUAACAAAAACAAGUUAACAUAUAUUGGAAUAAAAUACUAAAUUUCAAUUAUAGCAUUGAUACUGAGAGAUAGAAUAUUUCAGUCAUACUCUGUUUGUAUCUACAUUUUUUUUUCUGCAUUCCAGGCAACAUCAAAUAAUGCAGUUUGUUCCAAAGAUCUUAUUUAAAUUUGAUGGAUUUAAGUUUUAGAAGCAACUUCUUUUAAGAUGAGCAUUUCAGAAAUGCUUUAUCAUAGUUCUAUUUUAUUAAUCAAUGUGAAUUUUGAUAUAUUUCUUCAUCCGUAAAAACUAUCAUUGUUUGAAUUGUUCCUCAUUUGAAAGCCAUUGAGAUGUAGAAUGUUUUUUACUUUGUAGAAUAAUGUUGAAAAAUUUCUAUUAACUUUUUUUUUUCAUUUACAAAUAUUUUAAGACAGGAUAGGAAUGAAUGCGUUUGGCGAUUGUUUUAAUUUAGCGAUAUGAUUGCAUGCAUAUUAAAAGAAUAUAAAAUAUAAAUGAGGCAACCUAUUAUAAAUUUGCUGAUAUUAAGGAAGACACUCUCUUAUUGGACAUUUCCCGAUUCAGUGCAGUUAAUGAAUGACGAUGACAUAUCACUCCACAUGAAUUUGUCUGUGUUGUAGAUUGAAAUGUUAUAAUUGCUUAUCAUCUCAAAGUAAUCAUGUGGAGUCGAUUUUUGUCUUCAUUCCACAAAUGAUGAUUUCUAUUUUCAUACACGGAUAUUAGUGCACAAAGAAUAUUUUAAGCAUACGGAUAACUUUGGUUCUUGCAGCCGCAUAUGAAUUACAUAGUUUUAAUGCAAAUCUUCAUUCCAAAAUUACUCUCUUGAAUUCAACAAAAUAAAAUAGUAAAAAAAAAAAAAAAAAAGUGUUUCAAACUGUAUUUAUAUGCUGCAUAAGCGUAACAAAUUGUGAAUAUUAAAAGAAGUUAAAGAAUAUUGAGUAAAACUCUUUGUAUUCAGUAUUAUUAUGUCAA